AGGAAAGAAGAAGAAAAUUUUUUGAUUCGGUUUUAAGGUUUUGAUUUGGAAAUUUAUUAUUGCAUAUAUUUCUUAUUUAUUUUGUUGGAAGCGCAAAUCCCCUCCGCAACUGUAAAUAAAAACAUAGAACGAAGGAAAAAGAAAAAGUAGAAUUCCAUUGACGUAUUAGUUUGUAUGCAUUAUCAGGAUUAGUUACAUUGAACAACUUCAUAGACAUAACUGCUUAUUUUGCAACGUAAAACGAAGAAAAAAUAUAUCCUCCGACAAACGAAUUUUAUGUGCAACAAAUUCUUCCAAAUAUGGACUUAUCAUCCUCUUCUUCGAGUUCCACAACACCAGCAACGGCAAAGGCAACGUCCUCGACCGGCAGAAAACCGCUAAAUCCGGAGAACAGCAUAGAAUCCAUAAACAACGAUACCGCCGGCAGCAACAGUUUAUACGACAGUGCUAUGGAUAAUAUGACAACAUUCGUUUCAUUUAGUGAGAGUGCCAAUAACAACAGUACAUUAAAUUCGACUACAAACAGCAGUACUCCAAUUACCACCACGUCGAGUGAGAAUUUUUCACAAUUGAACUCCUCUUCGGCUUCGUCCGGUUCAAUGGAUUUUGACACAACGUUAAAUGGCGACUCGGACGCAGCACUCAUAUCAGAUAAUGUGGCGCUAGUAGAAAAUGAUUUUGGCCCAUCAUACGCCCAUGUUCCGGUUAACGAUAAUCACAAUGUCAUAAAUGCUAGCAUGCUACUUAUUCAGUCGGAGAGUACAGAUACCAACACUUCCCAAGAGGAAGUCGAUCCAAAAUCUAAACUAGCUAAUAAGACAAUAUUCAAAACGGAUAACCCCGAUUUGUCAAUUAUAGAAAUUAAUGAGAAUUCGGUUAGAGAUCAAGAUAUCGAAAAUUCCAUUGUGGUCAUUGAAACUUCAUCUGAUGAAGACUUAUCGGAAUCGAUUGACAAACAAAAGCAUAGCAUGUCGAAAGCCGAAACUAAUGCGGCGCAAAAUGCGACAACAUCGUCCGCCAAUAAAACGGCAUUGACCCAAAACAUACCGGCUGAGAACGCUUCAGAUAAACGACGUCGAAAGGCUGAAUCCCUUAUAUAUUCAAGUAAGCAAAAGCUUAACAUUGCCAUAGCCGAGGCAUCGGCUGCAGAAACGGCUUCGCCUGCAUCUGUCGGUGACGCCAGUGCUGUGGCAAAUGUAACGCAACCUCAGACAAAGCGCGAAAUCAAAAUAUAUGAUACACUUGAGGAGUUUGAGAGGAAUCUACCAUCAACGGUAACAGUGCUGGACACGCCGUUUGGUAGUAAAGUCUAUUUAGUUGGUACUGCUCAUUUCAGCGAGGAAUCACAGGAUGAUGUCUCAUUUGUAAUCCGUAAUAUCCGUCCAGAUGUUGUUAUGGUAGAAUUAUGUCCAUCGCGCAUUCCAAUUCUAAAACUCGACGAAAAAACUCUUUUGGAGGAAGCCAAGAGUUUCAAUUUGGCAAAGAUUCGCAGCAUUAUACAUUCGCAUGGUUACAUUAAUGGAAUAUUUUUUAUUUUGCUCCUUCAAAUGAGUGCUCAAAUUGCCAAAGACUUAGGCAUGGCGCCUGGCGGUGAAUUUCGCCGGGCUUUUGAAGAAAUCCACAAACUGCCAGGAUGUAUGCUACACCUGGGGGAUCGGCCAAUCCGGGUUACAUUACAUCGGGCUUUAAGAGCUCUAUCCUUGUGGCAAACCGUGAAACUGGUGUGGCGUCUUACUUCCUCGGACACCAUUAGCAUAGAAGAGGUGGAGGAGUGCAAACAACGCGAUCUCUUGGAAAAACUAAUGCAGGAAAUGGCUGGUGAAUUUCCGGAAUUCUCGGACGUAUUUGUCAAGGAGCGGGAUUUGUAUUUAUGUCAUUCCCUGCAAAUGGCUGCUCUGCCACUACUCCCAGCUGAUGGCUCUGGCGAACCUCGCCCCGUACGUGUGGUAGGAGUGGUCGGCAUCGGGCAUGCUAAUGGCAUUGCUAAAAUGUGGGGCAAUGUCGAUGCCCACAUAAUUCCCACUAUCAUGGAGAUACCGCCGGCCAGUUUAAGUACGCGUAUAUGUAAAUAUACAGUAAAGUAUGGCCUCAUCGGUUUGACACUGUAUGGUGCAUUCAAACUGCUCCGACCGCAUUUAGGGCGCUUGCGUUGAGCCGAAAAGGGCACGAGCACAUAGUGAUUAUUGAUUAUUAGCUAUAAUUUGGCAAAUUUGUUAACAAGUAUAUAAGUUUUUAUUUGAAAAUUUUACAUUAAAGGUAUACACAUCAUUCUUCAAGAAGUUUAUGCAAGAUGCAAAAUAAACAAUGUUAUUUACAAAAUACAUUCAUUAAUGCAUACAUAUUCAAGACACAACAACUAUUCGAUAUUUUAAUCAAAUUUUGAAAACGACAUUUUAAAUGUAUAACGAAAAUCGCUCAUCUCUGAUUUGAAUGUUAGUUCCUCUAUGCCGUUUUGUCAUUACCACCUCAAUCCCCGACCAACGUCAAGUAUCUACAGCAAACUAAUGUGAUUUGAAAACCAACAUACCGGACACACAUACAUAAAUAUAUAUAUAUAUAUAUAUACAUACAUACAUAUAUUAUUAAAAACAACUCCUUCACAUUCCAAUUAUUUACAUACACAAAUAAACCCAUGCGUACACAUACAUACAUACGUAUAUGUUUGCCUGUGUUUAUAUUAUUUUGCCAACAUGCAAGUGAUAUACAUACAUACAUACGUGUGAGGAAGGUAUGUACAUGCGAGAAAGUCACGAAAUAUCAUCAAAACAAAUUAAAAAAAGGACGAAGGAGAAUGUAACCAAGUUUUAUAUCCUCAACUUAGUUUUUAAUUGUAAAUGUUUGAAACUGUAUUUAAAUCCCAAUAGCCUGUGCAUUUAUUACAUGUUGCAUGUAGAUGGUAUGUAAAUGUAAUACAUAGAAAUCAAAUAAAUCCCUUAUUUUAAAAUAA